UUCCAGAUUGGAAGCUGGGCUUCACCCUCCUGGCCACCAUGUCGUAUGAUGUUGUGACAGUGAACAUGGAAAGGGAAGAAGUUUGCCUCCCACGCCUUGACCCCCAUCUCCUGAGCACCACCACAGGGGGCGCAGAAGCCUCGUGCCAAAAUUGCCUGCUGCCCUUUGGACUGGUGUUGGGCGUCAUUGGAGUGGCAGCCACCAGUGUGGCAUGUGCCCGUGAUCCUCCAGGCUCUGUAUUGGCUAUCUUGGGGUUCACCUUGCUUGGAGUUGGGGCACUGGCGGUGGCCACCAGCUGCUGGUGCCGACAAUCCUGGAGGCGGAAGAGAGAGUGGGACGGCAGCUGGUCUGUGCUGGUGGGGGAGACGCAAGCAAAGAAAGUGAUUGUGUGAAGCCUCGAGCCCAGAGUCAUUUCCUCACUGGAAUCUGUUCCUGUAUUAAGGGUAGACGUGUCCUGGAAGG